GAUACGGAUACCGAAUAGAGGGAUCCAUCAUGGGUCUGAUCACCAAAAUUGCCCGAGGUCUGGUCCGGGGGGCAGACAGAAUGGCCGAAUGCACAAGCAAACUGGGCCCCAAUUCUUAUAACAAGGGGAGAGGGGCCAAGAAGAUCGGCUACUUGACGUCCAGCGGCAAAUUUGUCAAAGUGCGUGAAAUGGUCCCAGUGUUCGUGGUCCCAGAUUUAACUGGGUUCAAAUUAAAGCCAUACGUGUCUUACAAGGCCCCACCGGGGACUGAGGAUCCAAUGACUGCCAAGAAGCUUUUCAUGGAGACUGUGGGGCCCCAGAUCGAAAAGGACUUGCAGGAGAGCACGUUUAGGCCGGAGGACCUGGAGAAGUACGGCUUUGAGCCCACCCAGGAGGGCAAAUUGUUCAAGCUGUUCCCCAGAAACUACAUCCAGUAAAUGGGGGGCUUCAAGUGACUUGUAUAGUAAUAUGUUGCUGGGACCUUCCCAUGGAAGGAUCCCACAGCCCCACUCCAACACUGAGAUUCAUGUUUUGGGGUGUGGGGGGGGGGUCUCUAGUCUUUACUCUCCUGCUCUGUUGGGCCCCCACUCAAAUAUAUAUUUUAAAUAAAAGCCAUUAAUGCACUUAUAUAAAUGUAUUUAUUGCACUUGCCAUGAACACGUUUGGUGUAGUAAUCUUGCUGGUACCCGAGAACAAGGUCUGGCAGCCUUUUAGACAGUAUGCUCUUGUCUCUUAAUUCCUUUACUUGUAUGUGCUUCAGUGAGAUAUGGUUAUAUUCCCUUACUGUCGACAACACAGCUCUAUAAAACUAGAUGGCUGUAGUCCCUUCACUAAAGCUAUGGAGAAACACUGGGAGUUGUAGUUCUCCAACUGUAGAGGUACUCAAUCUAGCACAUUGGUGCACCCACAAUCUGGCCUUUGGAUUCGUUUAGUGAACAGGCACCUGGUAUAACAAAAUAAUUGACCAAUCACAACUCUCUCUUGUUCUAUUAAAUUAUAUUCAAGCAACUUCCUUAUAUUUAAACAAAAAAGUAGGUUGGGUCUAAUCCUGCUUAAAUCCAUCUUCAAUCCUACUGCUCAGAGGAAAACAAGCUGGUUGCAGUAUUUAUCAGCGUUGCUGCCAUCUUGCUUGUGGGCUGAACCCUAUCCCUCCUGUUUUUUGUUUUUUUUAAAGCAAGAAUUGUGGCUGCCCUACUGCUAACUUAUACUGACGCUUUCUCCACAGCUCUUUAUAAAAGAGCGGACAGUUAUAUGCCAGUGAUUAUAGAGGGAACAAGUGGCCAGCAUGCUGCUUUCUGGGGGUGCAUAAUGUAUUGUAUUGGCAGACUACUGCUUAAAGCGGUUAAACUUUUGUAUUUUUUUUUGUUACCGGUGUAAUAAUCCUUGGUUCAACUAUGUUAAUAUGCUAUACCUGAUAUUGUUUGUCAUUGUUUAUAUCUUUGUUCUUUUGUUACUCAAAUUCAAAUUUUUCCUUCUAGCACUUUUCUCUACCUGGGGGAAGGGGGAGAGUACUUAUUUUAUUAUGGCGGUCGAGCGGCUCCUAGACAACAUAUACCAAAAUGGCGAAUUUAAAAAUACUUAGCUGGAAUGUGUGGGACUAGGCACUAAAAAGAAAAAACAGGCCCUAGUAUUCCAAUUUGUUAAAAAGCAUAAACCUGAUAUUUUGAUGCUCCAGGAGACCCACCUCUCUGGACUAAAGAUUAUGGCGAUUAAACGUGCAUGGGUGGGUAAAACUUUUCAAGCUACAUAUUCAACGUAUUCCAGGGGAGUGGCAAUCCUGGUACAUUAAAAUGUAAAUUGUCAGGUAGAGCAGGUUAAACAAGACCAAAAUGGGUGAUACAUACUAGUGCAAGCCCAAAUUUACGGAAUCAGGCUGAUAAUAGCAUCUACAGUAUAUAUGCCACUCCUGCAGUAGAUACCCAAUUAUUGUCCCACAUUACUACGCAGCUGGCUGACACCUUCUCCCACUAUUCUGCUAGAAGACUACAAUGCAGUCCUACACCCCACUUUAGAUACGACUACAAGGUCUCACUACAGUAAACUACCGUUAAAUAACUAGGCCAACAGCCACGUCUUUACGGAAGCUUGGCGGUGUAAAUACCCGAACAAAAGGGAA